AUGGCGGAUAUCGGAUACCGUUCCCUCUCGUACGAGUUUCUGCCGAAUGGGAUUGUCUUCGUUACAGCACCCGCCACAGCCCGGCCCCCGCUAGUCCCCGACCGACAACCGGGGAGCCGUGAGGAGCGUGAACUCCGCUCAUCUGCAUUCUUCACUAUGAACGUCUCUCAAACAAACCUCAAAGACGAAUCCCUAAAGUUCCUCAACCACACCGGCCUGGACGUCCUCCGCCAACGUCUCCACCAACUCUCUACAUCGCUAACUGCCCUCAACCACCGUCUCCACACCGAAUACCCACUACCGCCCUACCCCUCCCUCCUCGCUUCCUUCAACGCGAUACUAGCACAAUUCACCAUCGUCAAAGAUGCGUUACAGAAGAUGCAGGAUGAACUCCUGGAGAACGCGGUGAUACCGAUGGAAUUUCCGGUUAGGGUACAUGAGGGGAUGUUGUUGACGAUGAUGCGGAGUAAACCGGAGCCAUAUGUUGAUGAGUGGAUCGCGCAAGGAAAAGCUUAUAGUGAGGCGAAUCCACCCGGGAAAGGGAUACCGGCUGGCAAAGAGCGGGAUGAGGACGACGAUGACAAGGAUGAAGAUGAAGAGGAGGAGGAUGAGGAUGAGGAUACGUUGUGGAAGUUUGCGGCGGCCAUUGUCGCUACGCAGAUUGAUCAGUUGAACUUGAAGGCUGCUGUUCAGACUACGAAGGUUGCGGAGUUGAAGAAGGAGGUGGAUGAGACGAUGGGGAGUAUUGAACGGGUGAUGCGGUUCGUGAGUCGAGGGACGAUCGUACCUGGUGGACAGCCGCAAGCACAGCCGUCAACAGGGACAGCGGGUAUACCGGUCGUUCUCUAG